ACACGGAGUCACACAUGAGCCCAUUUGAAUUGCAAGUGAGCUGCAUUCACUAUGACAGGAGGAGGAGGAAACAAGUAAAAAAUAACAGGAGGGGCGACAAAAGAAAAGACUCAGGUGCCUUACUACUGAGGGGAUGACAUUCACACACUGUUUAGCAGGACAAGCGUCCACGUGUGAAGGUCUAGGAGAUGGAGAGGAAGAGUGAGGAAAGUCACACGGCUGGGGAAUCGAGGAGCUGGGACAUCCCCGAGGGGACACCUGAACUGUGUUAUAGAGACACCUCCUGAACUACGGCAGCUCAUGGGAACACCUGACAACAACCUGCUGUCGCUCCUCCUCUCCUCUCAUCCUUCUCUCCUCCUCUUCCUCAUCCUCCUCCUCCAUCCUCUCUCUGUCUCUCAUUUGAUCCCAUCCCUCACUCCCUGCACCACAGAAGGAAAGCGUGAGCUGAGAGAAGAGUCUGGGAGAGAGCCGUAUAUCGUAAAGCAACGGAGGAAGGCUAAAUAGUGGGAGAGGAUGGCGCUUGCAUCACUGUCCUGGUGCUUUGGUACAGCUUUGGCCCUGGUUUGUGGUUCUUUGUGGCCCCAGGUCCACUCGGCGCUUUCUCCUGAGAACGAGGUGCCGCUUCGUCCAACCACAUGGUUACCGGAGGGGAAGAUCACCUCCGUAACUCUUCCAAAAGGACGAACUCGAAGGUUGUACUUCACGCUUAAGAAGAAGGCCCCAGCGAUGUCGGUUACUGUCAUUCCCUGUGACCUCGCCAUCGAGUGGAGCUUGACUGCUCGUUCCCUGAAGGACAAACCCAUCAUGAAGCAGCAGUGGAGCACCAAGAAGAGCAUGCCCGAGGUGUGGUGGCGCGGUCCUGGCACCGAGGAGAAUCUACACAUCUUCACAGGUGAUGCAGUGGACACCUACAGUGGUCCUUCCCUUCCACAUGCUUCCAUCUACAUCCUGAGGCUCCGGUCCAAACAGCAGAGCACAAGAGCAACGGUGUUCCUCCAUGAAGGCUUGGGAUCCUCAGGCGUUUUCCCUGUGGUCCCGGCUGACCGGCAAGUUCAAACUUUAGGUGUGGGCAUGACUAGUGUCACCCUCAGCUGGGCGCCCAGUGCCUCCAUAACCAGCCACCCACAAGCAGACAACAGUUAUUACUGUGUCCUCGUCAACUCUCUGCAAAACUACCCCAGCCUUUGCGCUGCACAACAGAGCGCGAGGAAGAAGAAAGAUCAGAAAGAUGACAAGGUGGAGAAAAAAAGGAGAGGGACAGUGUGGCCGAUUUUGAAAGAGUGGUGGUGGGAGCAGUGGGACACUUAUCCCGAGGCUGAAGGUCUGUCCACGCCCCUAGCUGAUGCUGAUCUUCAGUGUGCAUGUCGGGGGACAGAGAGCGUUUGUACCGUCUCCGAGCUCCUGCCUGACACGCCGUACUACUUUGACGUUUUUGUGAUCGACAAGGUGAAUAGGACCAGCUCGGUGUACAAGGGAACAUUUGCUCGGACACACGAGGAAGCUCGAACAGCGAUCACUCCACUGAGAGAAGGAGAGCUCAGGUGGGUGACCUUUAAAAAUGACGGCCUAAGCUCGGAACAGUUGUUCAGCUUUCGUCCUCGGGGCUUGCAGCAGAGCGGCCUCUUUACCUUACAGAGCUGUGGCGGGGGUGAAAAGAUUAAGGUAACCGUGUCUAGCAAGGGAAAAGUUUUGAGCUCUCAGAGUGUGGGGGGUGAUUUGGUGCACAUUUGGCUCCAGGGAAGUCCUUUCUAUCUCAUCCACUUGCAGCGAGAAGGAACUACCGCUGGACAGGCUGCUUCUAACACAGGAACAACUCUACAAGCUUCGGUCAAAAUCCAGAUUUCAUCAGCGUACCACCGUAGAGGGGUCCCAUCGCUGCCUUCCACCUUGCAGAUCAAAUCCUUCAACAGGUUGCGUGGUUGCAACAGUGUCACUCUGGCCUGGAUGGGUACGGAGGAGAGAAGCCUGUACUGCAUUUACCACAGGAAGCUUGGUGACCACGAGGCAGAAGCUGCGGGAGCAUCAUCUCUAUCUGCACCCUGUCUGGGCCCAGAGUCCCGCUCUGACACUGAGAGGGUUCUCUGCAAGUAUUUCCAAGAGCUGAAUCCUCGAAGGGCCGUCACCACAGCUGUGAUCGGGGGCCUGGAGCCUGGAACAGCCUAUGUGUUUGAUGUCUAUCUAAUGAGACGCUGGGGGAUUCCUGUCAAGUAUGCCAGCAAGAUGGUGAAAACCAGAAAGGAAUGCUAAGCUGCCGCCCCCUAGAGGACAUUUUGAAACUUUCCCUGUUUAUGGGAAAACACAUCAGCCAUGGACAUGCUGUAAAGACAGGCCAAGACUUCGAAGCCCUUCGAUUGUUAUUGAGAGAUUUUUAGCAACAAGAAAAAAAAAGAAAUGUUCUCUCGGAGAAACCGUGGUCACAUUCAAACACCACUAACUCCACCAGCGUGAGUGGACAGAAAGCAUCCGGGAAGGAUCUGCACACCAGCAAACGUCCAUAACAUUUACAAUGCAACCCUUGUAGUCUUGUCAUUUUGUUUCUCAUUGUUGAAAAUGAUAAAGAUGUGCCAGUUGUCCACGUGCUGGUUCUGGGUCUGAGUACAAAGGACAGGUGAGGUUUGUGAUGACAGAACGUCAGAGACAACAUGACUGUGCCAAAGAUGCAACAGAAGCAGAUGGGACAAUAAUUAGAUAACAUCUGAGGCAGGGUGUGUGUGUGUUGCUGUGUAUAUUACCGGUGCUGCAUAUUGUACAGGCUUGUAAACAAAGGAGAUGCAAAUUAAAGACACUACAUUCGCAUAAGUGUGUAAUUUUGUGUUCUGCUUUUGCAUGAAGCAGUGAAAAAUGCCUACCUUGUAACUUGCCUCAUUGUCUUUUAUGUAUUCUUGUGCUGCUUCAAACUAGCCAAUAAAUACUAGGAUGUCUGUGUAUGACUGUA